AGGAGGCAAGAGGAGGUGGGUGGCGGCAGGCGGCGCCAAAGUCAGUCAGCUGUUGAGAUUGACAGGCGCCGGCGCCUGCGAGGCACCUUUAAGGCCGUGACCCUCUUCCAGCGAUCAGACGUCCGCUCCAGUCACACUCCAGGCACUUCCAGUUUCCAGUCGCCUGGGCCGCGUUUGUUUACAUUGCCACGGCGACGUUUCACCGACAGCGCAAACACAGCGAAACAACCCGUGAAGCGAAUUGAUUGAAUCGAAUCUGGGUGAAAAUGGUUGCCCAACGAACUUGUCCUGUGGGUUUGAUGGCCUUCGCGCUGUUAUGCGUUGUAGCGCAAGACACCUGCGACUUAACCUCUAAAGAGACGCCCUGUGGCUGUGGGGCCCUGAAGAGGAAAGCCAAGGAUAAAGACUCGCUGACACCUCUGGAGAAGACUGUCACAACGUUGGAGGAGAUUAUGAAUGGGGGCGAGUCAAAUAAGGCUGUGCCCCAGCCCAGGGAUGCAUUUGUUGAAUCCGAGUAUCCCCGUACCAAUGAUAUGGUUUUAAUUAAAGGUGGUGAGUUUACCAUGGGUACCGAUAAGCCUGUGUUUGUGGCUGAUGGGGAAGGCCCCUCACGCAAAGUCAAGCUUCAAGAAUUUUAUCUCGAUAUUCAUGAAGUUAGUAAUGCAGAGUUUGAAAUUUUCUGUAAUGAAACCAAGCACAAAACGGAGGCUGAAAGUUAUGGCGACUCAUUUGUAUUUGAUCCCUUACUGAGCGAGGAAACUCGUAAAACACUUACACAAGCUGUGGCUGCCGCUCCAUGGUGGGUCCCAGUUAAAGGAGCAGACUGGCGGCAUCCAGAAGGCCCCGACAGCAAUUUAAAAGGUCGAAUGGACCAUCCAGUUGUUCAUGUGUCUUGGAAUGAUGCAGUUGCAUACUGCAAGUGGGCAGGCAAACGCUUACCCACUGAAGCUGAGUGGGAGUAUGCCUGUCGCAGUGGACUUGAAAACCGUCUCUAUCCAUGGGGAAAUAAUCUGAACCCACGAGGCGAGCAUUGGAUGAACAUUUGGCAAGGGAAGUUUCCGGAGGAAGACACUGAAGAGGAUGGCUACAAAUCCACUGCUCCUGUGACAACAUUCCCCGCAAAUGCUUUCGGACUGAAGAACAUGGUGGGCAAUGUGUGGGAGUGGACCUCUGACUGGUGGUCUAUCAAACACCCAUCAUACCUCCAAGAGAACCCAGUUGGACCUGAGGCUGGAGAAGAUAAGGUGAAAAAAGGUGGUUCCUAUAUGUGCCAUAAAAGUUACUGCUUCCGAUAUCGGUGUGCAGCUAGAAGCCAAAACACACCAGAUAGUGCUGCUGGCAAUCUUGGCUUCAGAUGUGCGUCUAAUGAACUUCCCUCCAAGUCCAAAAACACCAACAUUUUAAAAGAUGAACUGUGAUAAAUUUUAAGUUAUGAUUUUAAGUAUGUGUGAUCUCUUGUCUGUACAAGGCCUGUUUAGGGCAUGUUUUGUAUUAUUUUUAGUUUUUGUUGUAUAAAAUAGUGGGAGCGGAACAGAAGGGAAGGUGUAAGGGUAAUGAAAAGAAAAUUAAACAAUUGUAUUUUUUAAGCAAAAGCUUUGUUUACUAAAAUUGGAAUAGUCAAAUUCAACAAAUACAAACAAUGAAUGGGGCAAGGAU